UUCUUUACAAGAACGAUGAACGCCAAAGGCAGUGUUAUAGUCUUAUUCCUGUGUUUCCUGACUCUAUUUACCUUAACAGACUGUAGCACAUGUCAGAAAAAUAUAUUAGAAGGGGGCAGUCUCACCUUUAAACUGACUGACAGGCCGCUUAAGGAUGAUGAUCGAUUCACUAUAAAAAAAGACAAUAAAGUGGUAGUCCGCAAAAAGAAUAACAAACAAGAGGGACCAGGGAGCGUCAAAAAUGAUUCCCUGGAGCUCCAACAUGUGAACCUGAGUUAUUCUGGGACAUACGGUGUUGACGUAUUUGAUGUGAAUGGCACCAACGUAAAAUCAUGCACAGAAAUCGUCUGUGUUUAUGCAAAAGUCCCAAAGCCAAGAGUGACUAUUACAUGUCAGGAUGAGAAAGUUGACUUCAGAUGUGAUGUUGAAGUUGACAAAGAUCAAAGAUCAGCUAUAUCUUACAGCUGGCACAAAAAUGGGAAAGAAUUGAAGAACGUAUUAAACUUCUCAAUAAAUGCAGAGGUGGAUAAAUCAGAGUAUACAUGUACUGCCCAGAAUCCAGUUCAUAAAAGCACAAGUGAUCCAGUAGAAGCAGCAUGUUCCGAUACACUCUAUGGUUUAGACCGUUGGACCAUGAUCAGCAUCUUUGCUGGUGGAGGUCUCGUACUGUUAUUGACAAUUGUGCUAGUGACUGUUGCCUGUCGUCAAUGUAAACGCAGAGUGAAACAACAGCGAGAGUACAGACUGAACUACAUCAACAUCUCUUCAUUUCCUGGUCAACAAAAACAGCAAGAGCAAACAGCAAAACCAACAGCAAGACAUCAGCUGGUGCUUCCAGACACCUAUGACAAGGUUUCUGCCCAAGAAGGACCUCAAGCAGGAAGCAGGAAGAAGAAGCGCACUCGGCCUCCACCAGCUCCAAUAGAUGAUGAAGAGGAACAACUUCCACCAUUACCCAAAGCGAGGAAAAACGCACCGGUUAAAAAGUGUGAAGGACCGUUAUGAUGGACGAGACAGCACACCACUCAGAAUUAUCAAAACCCAGGAUAAGCAGAUUGCGUCCAAGAUGCUGCAGUAUUAACAGAGUAUUAACACGUACAAGAAAGAAAGAACAAGUUACACCUUUCUGUGCAUCAUUGCACUGGCUGCGUAUGUCUCUAAAUGACUCUGUUACAGUUUGGUUUUUAUGGUCAAGCACUAGCUGGUUUCAUCUUCUAUUAAUAAAGGAAAAAAACCCACCGCAGCGGAAACAGCUUCUGUCACUGUGCACGAAGGAUGUUCAUAACAUCAGUAUCCAGCAUAUGCCUAUCAUUACAUUAAUAAUGUAAAAAAAAAAAAAUGCUAAUAAAACAUGGCAUUGUGGUGUAUAAAACAGUAUUGUUCAUUUCUAUUUUCCUUUAUAGUUUAAUCUUAUACACUUUUUAAUUUCUUUAUUACCAUGUAGGGGAGACCCAGCACAAUUGUAGUUUUCUCUAAAAUGCACACAUGCGUCUAUGUGCAAGUUUAUUACAUCUAUGCACAAGUGCAUCACUUCCGUGUCACAGCAGGAUUCAUCCGCUCUUCCAUGGUGAUGAUAUUUGUGAGAACAUUUUAUGAAGUAAAAAAUGAAACAAGAAGUAGGUUUCUCAUUUUUUUUAAAAAAAUAAAUAAACCUGCGCAGUUGAUUACAUUUCACUUUGCACUCAGUGUUAGCACUGUUUUCAGAGUUUGUGCUAAUUCUGUUUUCACGACCGUGAGAAAGCUUUGUUGUGACCCGUGGACGUUGUUGCUGGUCUGUGGGUUUCAGGGAACAUAGCAACAGAUACACUCGCACAUUUAAUAACCUGUAUAUGCUACAGCUGACGAGAGAAGAAGUAGGUCACAUCAUCAGUUGAAAGGUUUCAACCUGAUGCACAAUUCUAAAUUGAAUGGUGGGAGAACUUUAUGAAUUGUUGAACUGUUUGGAAGACAGUGGUUCUGUUACAUCUGGCAUAAAUUCUGUAACAUAGAAUUCCACAAAAAAAAUAUCAUACCUGCAGUCAAGCAUGGUGGUAGCAGUGUGAUGGUGUGAGUGCAACUGGAUUAUACAGCAAGACAAUGAUCCAAAGCAUAGGAGUAAAUCUACCUCUGAAUGGUUAAAAAAAAAAAAAAAAAAAAAAAAAAUGAAUGUUUUGCAGUGGCCUUGUCAAAAUCCUCACUUGAACCAAUUGAGAUGCUGUGGCAGGAUCCUAAAUGGGCAGUUCAUGCUCGAAAACCUGCCAAUGUGGCUGAACUAAAGCAAUUCUGCAAAAAGA